UACACGUUGUAUCGUGAUUUUAAAGUUCCGAUAAGGUCCUUUGGUAUUUCACGUGCAUGGGUGAUUUUCUCGAUUGGCGAUUACUUCUACUGAAGCGUUAAAAUAAUAUAUUUUUCUUCUUUACGUGAGCGAGACCAUCUCCGAUUGAUCGCGUACCAAUUAACACAUUGUAUUUGUAAGCAAUCUUCCAGUCUGAAGAUUGCGCAUUUUAUCGGACCACAUCAUUUUUACAGCGAUCGUCAACCGAGUCGCAUAAAGCCAGCACCAUAAUACUGUACCAGACAACACCAAAAAAUGUUUUCUACAAAAUUUUUAAUCACCUUCGCGCUUUACAGUCUGGCUUUGGAUACCACUUCAGGAAAACCUUUCGUCGAUGGACUGACGGCGUGCAAGAGAAGCGAUCCGAUGUUGGAUGAAUGUCUGUUGAACAUGCUCAGACAGACUCAACCUCAACUUAUGCAAGGUAACCCGGAACAGAAUCUGCCACCGUUGGACCCAGUGCAUAUCCCCAGGGUUUCAGUAUAUAAGAACAUGCAAGAUAUUCGGGUGACUGGAGAGCUAUCAAACUUGACGGCUAAAGGCGCAAGUUCGAUUACCUUCAAAGCAUUAAAAGUGAAUUUAAGAGAAAACACGUGGGACAUGACCAUAGCGGUUCCCCUUAUUACGUUCGUAACGGAUUUCAAUCUGAACGUCACGUUAAAAGUUAUUCUAAUGCCAGUCUUCGGAAAGGGACUCUGUGACGGAAAAAUCAGUCAUAGCGUCGUUCGAUUUCACGCCAACACCGAAGUGAAAGACGGCAAAUUGAAGUUGAACGAUAUCAAAAUAAACCUGAACCUCGGCGACGUAGAAGUGCACAUCAUCAAAUCGCAAAACCCAGCAUUAGCGCAAACGACGUCGCAGUUUUUCAACACGAACAAACGCAUGGUUCUCGACCUAGUGACGCCGGUCGCCGAGGACGUGGUACGACAGAUGUUGCUGCGAUACGGCAACAGAGUUCUGUCCACGGUGGAGAUUACGGAUCUGUUGAUUGACUGAGUCAUCAAAGUCUUAGUGGAUAUCGGCACGACUAUACUUGUCAUACUCGUCGAACGAUUAUACAUUAUAAAGUAUUUUCCUAGACUUAAAAAGUACUAUGAUAUAUUAUAAACUAUUCGGUUGGAACACUAUUCAUACGAAUAAGCCUUCGACUUAAAUCCAGAUAUUUUGACAUAAUGCGCUUGAGUAUUAUCGUUUAGAUGUUGGUCUCAUACACGUAUGUACCUGUAUGUUUCACACUGUCGAAAAAGUAGUAAUAACAAUCAAUUAGUUAUUACCUAAUUAUUAUAGAUCCGAAACUACUUAACGCGUAUAGCAGCAUAGACGCACGUUAUAAUUGACUUACAAUAAACCUAUAUUAUAUUAUUAUCUCACUAAUACCGAUUAAGAACAUUUAUUGUACACAGAUCGAUAUUAUUGACUACUUAUUUUAGAAAAUAUAUUUUAAAUUUUUAUUGUAUUAGAGGUUUAUUAUCAUCUAUAUUAUUCGUGUAAUUUAUUAUUUAUUAUCAUGUGAUAUCUUAACAAUAUUAUAUUUCUAAUACAUUGUAUAUAAUAUAUUUGAUUGUAAUGUAGUAUGUUAAUAAUUAUUGUUACACCUUUAUCGAUAGUUUAUUCUAUUUGUUUUACAAAUAUACCAUGACCUAUAUAGUGUGGUAAUUAUUGAUAAGUAAAUAAGUAUCACGUAUUUAUGAUUUGUUAUUGUCUUAUCAAUAAUUUACUCUACACAUAGUUUGAGCAUUAUAUGUGGGUAUUUUAGGAUUACUUAAUAAUUGUAUUUAGAUAUAUUGUAAUUUUGUACACAUCAUAUUAAAGUUUCUGUAUUGAAAUAAAACGCAAUAUCAUAUUA